GCGCCGUUUUGCACCUGGGAUACGCGCCGUAAAUGAGCGUAAUCGAGAAAGGGUAAUUGACAAAGACGUGCACGUGUGCACGGAUGAGACUUGUUGGCACGGAUUAGAGCUAAUUAACGGUGACUCCAACAAGCAGGAGGAUGCAGCCACGGGUGACAGUGGCUCUGGCCACGGUUUGGUUCACGGUGGCGGGUCUGGUAGGAGAAACGGUCGCCCUCCGCCUCUCCAACGAUCAAUACUCCCCCGCGUCCCCGCAUCGCUACGCUGAGCUUCAACAAGACCAGACUAGAGAUUGGAGGGCUCACGACAGACCGGCCGAGGAUCAACCGCUCGACCUUUGGAUCGGCUCGCGAAGGUCCAUUUCCGCGGAGGAAUUAAAAGCUCUACGUCAUAAUGCCAAGUUCGCCAAGCAAGAUUUUUCGCUCGAGAAACCUCUGAAGGACAUUGUCUCGUCAAAGCGAGUCUACUCCAUUUCAAGCUGGCAGAGGCGGUUGCCAAAUAUCGUUACUACGGAAUUCGCGGCCGACAAAGUCGAUUACGGCUACGAGAUGCCGGAGACGCUUUCGCGCGAGACGAUAGUACCUCGUUCAGACCUCUUGGACGACCCCUUUGUGGCCGACGACACGUUCCAGGAUCAAGGCCCGGGCUCGAUGGAAAUAUACAAGCUGGACCUGUCCAAAGAGAAGGCUCUGCUUACCGCAACCACGCCUCCCACCAAUCUACCGUCAAGAAACAAGAGCAAAGCUCCAAAGAAAACGGGUCACUUGAAUUUAAAGACGGAAAUCAAGUCGACGACGAUAGAUCCGAGGGUUCAUCAUAGGCAAUCGAACUUUUUCGAAGAGCAACGAACCGAGACACCUUCGGUCAACAGAGACGCCUUCGACGUCGGCGGUGUGCCGGAGCUACAGGUUGGAUGCGAGGGUCUAGAAGCGUCGCCAUCGUCCCACAAGGCGAAAAGAUCGAUAGAUACGCCCGACAAGGAGAGGGUGGUACCGGCGUCCGUACUACUGGACGUAAUGCCAAUAUCCCUCGAUCUCGACUACAAUCUGUCAUACGAUGAAGAAAACUACGAAGAGAUGGACGAGCUGUUCAAGUUAAAGAAAUUAGAGACCGUUAUAAAAAAGAACAAGCCGAACAGGGGCGACAUGGACGCUAGUCAUCUGAAUUCCGACCAUCUGGACGAGUCUAGGCGACCGGAGAAGUUACCGAUCCGAGGGGAUUUGGGUAAAUCCAUUCCACAAAAUUCCCGCGAACUCGUAAUCGAUCGGGAAAAGUCACAAAAAUCGACAGAUCUCGAAAUCAAAAAGGGAACUAAAGCAAAGCGAGCGCUCGUUUCAUCGAACGACGCUAUCAGGAAUCGACGGUUACUGUGGCUCGCCGAGGCCGAGGGAUUUGCGGACGGGAAGGGCGAGCAAAAACGCGCGAGGCGGUCGGCCAAUUGGGGCUUCGGCGAGAACGAAGGUGUCGUAUCCAGCGACGAAUUACAGACCGUGAAUGAGCGUCGCAGGCAGCACGAGAUGCGAUACCAUCAAGACGUAUCCAGACGACGUGACCAGCAUCGUGGAAUAAAUCCCGACGUCGAUAGUAUCAGACGGAAGUACGAGAAUCUACUCGAACAGAAACGAAGGGAGGACGAAGAGCGACUACGACGAAUGCAACAGGGUGGUCGAAAUACGCUGAGCAGAUGGGAGGAGGAAGAGAGAAGAAGGGACGAGAUGCGAAGGACGCAAUAUGAUAAGUAUCGUAGCAGGAUGGAUCAUACCUCGACACCUCGCAUGGACGACGAGGAGACGCGACGACGACAGAUGGAGGAGAGACAGAGACAGGAAAUAGCGCGCAAUCGAACGGAGGAGAUGAUCAGACAAAAAGAGGAGGAGCGGAGGAGACUUAGGAAAGAGGAGGAACAAAGACAACGUUUGGAAGAAGAAGAAACGAGGAAAAGACCGCAUAAUAACAAAUGGAACGAAGAAAACGCGAGGAGAUCGGAAUCUGAAACACCUGUGGGCGACGAAGAAAGAAGACAAAGGCUUCACAACGAAGACAUAAGGCGAAGGGAGGAAGAACGACAAAGACAGUUGCAAAGAGAAGAACAAUACAGAUCGCAGCAAGAAGCGCAAAGAAAAAAGGAAGAAGAGGAAAGACGACGUCAAGAGGACCGCGCGAGGGAUCUUUCCGAAGACGAUAGAAGACGACUGGAAGAACGUCGCAGAGAAUGGUUAGAGAAGAAGAGACAGCAGGAAGAGGACGAGACAAAGCGGCAGCAGCCACCAUCAAAUUUGAUGCGCGGGGAACACCGUAUCGGUCAUCCGAACGAUAUCAGACAACGUGAUCGAGAUGAAGAAAGACGCAUGCGGGAACAGGAUGAGAGACAACGGGAGCAGAAGUUGCGGGAAUAUAUCGCGCGAAAUCAACCUAUCAACGUCACUCCUGCCGAUCGCAAAUCGGAGGAAAAAAGACAGCGUUAUGGCCCUGAAGAGAGCAGAGAUCCGCAGAUAAACGCGAGUAGGGACAAUGAAUAUCGCGCCAGGGAGCAACGUAGGAGGCAGGAGGAAGAGCGAAAGCUGCAAGACUACAUCAGGAGGAACCAGCCGGUGAACGUGCCUUCGAGAAGCAAUCAAUCGAGCGUAACGGAUCGUAACUGGUUCGAAGAACGGAGGUUGAUCGAGGAAGCUAGGCGUCGCGAUCCCGACAGGUAUCCCAAUUCAGGAGCGAGGCACCACGGCCCGUCGGCACCUACGUAUAAUAUCGAUCGGCGAGGUUCACCGGAAGAAGUCAGGCAGAGGCAGCGGCAGGAGAUGGAGAGAAGGUUGGAGGAGAGACGGCAGAGGUACGAGGCGGAAGCAAGGCGACAGCGGGAAGAGGAGGAGAAGCGACUGCGAGAGGAGGCGAGAAGACGAGAGGAGGAGGCGAGAAAGGCGCAAUCCAGAAGAUACGAGGAGGAUAGAAAGCGACUGGAGAUACUGAAGUUGCAGGCCGAGAAGAGGAGACAGGAGACGCUGAAAGAACGGUCCAGGAGCGGAGCUGCUGGAAGAACCAGACAGCCGGAAGCCACGAGGCCGACCUACUAUCAGGACCCUCGUCUUUUGAUGGAGCACAGAAGACGGCAGGAUAGUCAACCGAUUCCAAACAAUUUGGUACGGGACGAAGAGGCCAGGAGGGCGGCGGCGGAACGCGAGAAGCAAAGGCUAAUGGAGGCUGAAAGACGACGACAGGAUGAUAGCAGAAUGAGGGAGCACAGACCGAAGGAGACCGACCGGUGGAGACGGCGGGAACUAGUCAGACUCAACUCCCUGCCGGUGAACGCAAGGAUAAUUGUAGUCCCUCCCGGUACCUCGUCGCCCGUCUCGCCGGCGGUGUUAUCGAGGACCGGCUUCGACAACGAGAUCGAUUUCACGGGGAUAAAUCCAAAUCGCGAGGGCAUACAAGCGCCAAACUUCCCUGCCCCCCCGACUAAGCGGCCGCCUCCACGGCCUCCCGGGCCAUGUAUCUGGGCGAUUGUUCAAUGUUGUUCGCCCAAUAACAAUCGUCUCGUAAAGUGUUUCGAAUCGAUGGACUGCCCCGGGGUUAAUUGGGAUCCUGACCCGUGUAGAGGUGCCAUCGCGAAUGCUGCCAGAGCAGAAGUCAUGAAGUUCUAUGCCAGUGCGUCAAGUCAAUAACAUUUGUAAUAAGAUUCGCCCUUCGUCCUUCGAGAUAGAAAUACCAAUUAGUCAGAGAGAAAGAGAGAGGAGAGGGAGAAAAGCCUCUCUUCGAAAUUAACACGAGAUCGAACAGAAAGUUUCGAGUUACUGCGAAUCAAUUUGUGUGUGUGACUUCUAUCUGCUCUGUACAAAUAUUUGUGUUGCUGGAUGUAAGAGCUCAGUAAGUAGACUUAGAUGUUUGUGGAACGAAAAAUCUUGAUACUGUUACUCGUCGCGAUAUCAGCGAUAGUUUCUAGUAAGGAUUAAGCAAGAUUAAGCCGGAAAUUGCAUAAAAACGAUAAAUUCUUUUAUAAUAGGAAUAAAUAUUUCAUACAAACAGUUACGGAAGAAAUAUACAUACAUAGUACAGUAUUUUUACUACAUGAAAUUUUAAUGAAAAUAAGAGAAUAUUGAAUUAAAUUAAAUUAAAUAUGUUAAAACGCACUAACAAUAAAAUCACAAUUAUAAAUUAUAAAAUAUAUUUUUUUUUUUAUAUUUAACGUACAUAUAAAAGCGCUGAAAAAUAUUCAUAAAUAUCAAAACGCGGAAAUACAUUCCACAUGAAUAUAAUAAUGAAAAUUUAAAUUUUAAACAAUAUCGACCUUUCAUUAUACAUCCAGUAACACAAUUAUUUAUAAUUGCCGAAUAUCUACAAAUUCUCUUCUCUGCAUGAAAAAAAAUCAAUAUUUAUAAAACAUAUUUCGAAGAAAUUUAAGCGCUAAGGACGAAGAGGUAACUAGUAAGUCAAAUAAAUCUUAUUACGCUAUCUUUGACAUAUUAAGUCAUUAUGUAACAUUAAUAUAACGACGAUUUUAUACAAUAAUGUAUAUUGUAUAUUAUCGAGUAAAAACAGUUAUUUUAUUACAAUAAUUUUAUUACUAAAAACUGUAUUUUUCUAUCCGCUUAUUUGAUAGUGCACGUUAGAUAGGCAUUUAUACAUAGUGUGUUUAUAUAGUCUUAGAGACAUUUAAAAACGUUUCAAUUUUUAAAAUGUAACAAGCAGUAUUUAUCUUAAAUAACAUUAGAAACCGAUAAUGUGUUAAAUUAAUAGUCAAUUAGUCUUUAAUACUGACCAAUAGCCAACAUCAUGUCUAGCAUGUAAAAUUACGUAUAGUUGUAAAAAAAUGAACAAGAAAAGAAAACAUGACAUCUCGUUUGUUAUCGCGUUUGCAUGCGCGAACAUAAUAUGCGAAAGCAAGCGCGCGCUUAAUUAUUGUAAAUUUUUUUGUACGUAGCCGAGAGGCAAGAGCAUUAUACUUUUGCAGCUUUUCCACAUGUGAUAUAGAAGGUAGGCUCUAGUACGCUGUAAUCAGACAAAUAUUUAUGUAACGUACGCAGAGAGAAAGCAAUAAAUUUAUCUGGACCUGUAUAACCCACAAUAUUUGCCUGCGUUUUCUCCUCGCGCGACGAUCAAACUUCGUUACGGAUGCAAAAUUUGAUCAGCUCCCAGCGACAUUGACAUGUUUUCACGCCCUUUUGGAUCGCAUCGUAAAAAACAUGAAAUAUAGAAAAAUUACAUGGG